UCUAUGGAGGUCCCUUCCCCUGGUGAGCUCCUUGCUCCCUCCCCUCAGUCCUGCCUGGGCAACAGUGUCCCCAGCAGGUCCCCCUAUUGCUCCUUCUCCAGUCCCCCAGCCGCAUCUGACCGGGACUACCCCUGGGACCGAGAGGCCCCUGCUCCAAGGAGACGGGCCGCAUGACCCGCCUCUCUGUCCUGAAGAGCACAGAGAAGGAAGCCCCGAGCAGGAAGUGCUGAGGCACGAGGCACAGGGUGAGGGCGGGGGCUUCAAGGAGGGCAGCCUGGGCAGACACAGGAGCAGUGACCACAGCCCCCACUGCAGGCAGGCGGGAGGAGGCUGAUUUAAAAGGCAGAUGGGCCUCUGGCCGAAGCACUCAACUCUGCAGCCAGCCACUGCCACCUGUGGGCUCUAAGAGCACCCAGACUUCCGGACCUACUGGGGCGGGUGCCAUGUGAGCCCAGCUUGGCUCCCCUCCUGCCUGCCCUCCUUCCUUCCCUCAUCCUACGAGCCUGUGCCAGCGCAGCUUCUCCAAAGAGGGACGCUUGGUACCAUGUCUCUGCUCAACUCUGUCCUGCUGCCCCGCAAGGUGAAAAGUUAUCUAAGCCAAGGGGAGCGCUUCAUCAAAUGGGACGAUGAAACCACAACAGCCUCCCCGGUUAUCCUCCGCGUGGAUCCCAAGGGCUAUUACUUAUACUGGACGUAUCAGAGUAAGGAGAUGGAGUUUCUGGAUAUCACCAGCAUCCGGGACACCCGCUUUGGGAAGUUUGCCAAGAUACCCAAGAGCCAGAAGCUCCGGGAUGUCUUCAACAUGGACUUUCCUGACAAUAACUUCCUGCUGAAGACACUCACUGUGGUGUCCGGACCCGACAUGGUGGACCUCACCUUCCACAACUUCGUCUCCUACAAGGAGAACGUGGGCAAGGACUGGGCUGAAGAUGUACUGGCUCUGGUCAAGCACCCGCUGACGGCCAAUGCCCCCCGCAGCACCUUCCUGGACAAGAUCCUGGUCAAGCUCCAGAUGCAGCUCAACUUGGAAGGGAAGAUUCCUGUGAAGAAUCUUUUCCAGAUGUUUCCUGCUGACCGCAAGCGGGUGGAAGCUGCCCUCAGUGCCUGCCACCUCCCAAAAGGCAAGAAUGACGCCAUCAAUCCUGAGGACUUCCCGGAAUCCGUCUACAAGAGUUUCCUCAUGAGCCUCUGUCCUCGGCCAGAAAUAGAUGAGAUCUUCACUUCCUACCAUGCCAAGGCCAAACCCUACAUGACCAAGGAGCACCUGGCCAAAUUCAUCAACCAGAAACAGCGGGAUCCCCGCCUCAACUCCUUGCUGUUCCCGCCAGCUCGGCCUGACCAGGUGCAAGGCCUCAUCGACAAGUAUGAGCCCAGUGGCAUCAACGUGCAGAGGGGCCAGUUGUCACCUGAAGGCAUGGUGUGGUUUCUCUGUGGGCCGGAGAACAGUUUGCUGGUCCAGGACAAGCUGCUGCUCCACCAUGACAUGACACAGCCACUCAAUCAUUACUUCAUCAAUUCCUCACACAACACCUACCUGACAGCCGGUCAGUUCUCAGGCCUUUCCUCGGCUGAGAUGUACCGCCAGGUGCUGCUGGCUGGCUGCCGCUGUGUGGAGCUGGACUGCUGGAAGGGGAAGACCCCCGACGAGGAGCCCAUUAUCACCCAUGGCUUCACCAUGACCACAGACAUCUAUUUCAAGGAGGCAAUUGAAGCUAUUGCAGAAAGUGCCUUUAAGACCUCCGCCUACCCUGUCAUCCUGUCAUUUGAAAACCACGUGGACUCACCUCGCCAACAGGCCAAGAUGGCUGAGUACUGCCGGACGAUGUUUGGGGACAUGCUGCUCACAGAGCCCCUGGAAAAGUUCCCAUUAAAACCAGGCAUCCCCCUGCCCAGCCCUGAGGAUCUCCGUGGCAAGAUCCUCAUCAAGAACAAGAAAAACCUGUUUUCCGGCCCAGCAGACCCCAGCAAGGAGCUGGAUGGGGAGGCUGAGGGCAGCCCCCCACCCAGUGAUCCUGUGGGUGGGGACACAGUGUGGGCUGGUGAGGAAGGGACUGAGCUGGAGGAGGAGGUGGAAGAGGAGGAAGAGUCAGGAAGCCUGGACGAAGAAGAGAUGAAGAAGAUGCAGUCAGAUGAGGGUACAGCGGGCCUAGAGGUGACAGCUUACGAGGAGAUGUCCAGCCUUGUCAAUUAUAUCCAGCCUACCAAGUUCAUUUCCUUUGAGUUUUCUGCCCAGAAGAACCAAAGUUAUGUCAUCUCCUCCUUCACAGAGCUCAAGGCUUAUGACCUGCUCUCCAAGGCCCCCGUACAGUUUGUGGACUACAACAAGCGCCAGAUGAGCCGCAUUUACCCCAAGGGCACCCGCAUGGACUCCUCCAACUACAUGCCCCAGAUGUUCUGGAAUGCUGGUUGCCAGAUGGUCGCCCUCAACUUCCAGACGAUGGACCUGCCCAUGCAGCAGAACAUGGCGCUGUUUGAGUUCAAUGGCCAGAGUGGCUACCUCCUCAAGCAUGAGUUCAUGCGCCGGCAGGACAAGCAGUUCAACCCUUUCUCUGUGGAUGGCAUCGACGUGGUGGUGGCCACCACUCUUUCCAUUACGGUGAUCUCUGGGCAGUUCCUGUCAGAACGCAGUGUGCGCACCUAUGUGGAAGUGGAGCUGUUUGGCCUUCCUGGGGACCCCAAGAGGCGCUAUCGCACCAAGCUGUCACCCAGUACCAACUCCAUCAAUCCUGUCUGGAAGGAGGAGCCCUUUGUCUUUGAGAAGAUCUUGAUGCCAGAGCUGGCCUCCCUCAGGGUGGCUGUGAUGGAGGAAGGCAACAAGUUUCUUGGACACCGCAUCAUCCCCAUCAAUGCUCUGAAUUCUGGAUACCACCAUCUAUGCCUGCACAGCGAGAGCAACAUGCCCCUCACCAUGCCUGCACUCUUUGUCUUCCUGGAGAUGAAGGACUAUGUACCUGACACCUGGGCAGAUCUCACCGUGGCCCUCGCCAAUCCCAUCAAGUUCUUUAAUGCCCAAGAUAAGAAGUCUGUGAAGCUCAAGGAAGCCAUGGGAGGUCUGCCUGAGAAGCCCUUCCUGCCUGCGAAUCCAGUUCCCAGCCAGGUCAACGGGGCACUGGCCCUAACGAGCAAUGGGUCAGCAGGAGCUGGGGCCAGGGCCAGGGAGGAGGUCACGAAAGAAGCUGCAGAGCCACGGACCGUCAGCCUGGAUGAGCUGCGGGAGCUGAAGGGCUUCGCGAAGCUGCAGCGGCGGCACGAGAAGGAGCUUCGGGAGCUGGAGCGGCGCGGCGUGCGGCGCUGGGAGGAGCUGUUGCAGAGGGGUGCGGUGCAGCGGGCCGGGCUCGGGUCGCCGGGCGCGGGGGGCGGCUGCACGGGCCGCAGGCUCGGCCCGGGCAAGGGCUCCCGCAAGAAGAGGAGCCUGCCAGGUGGAGAGGAGCCCACCGGGGCCGCCCCGGGCGAGGGCCCCGAAGGUGAGGACGCGCACGUGCAAGAGCUGCGGGACAGGCUGGAGUUGGAGCUGCUGCAGCUGGGCGAGGAGCACUACGAUUGCAUCCUGAAGCGCAAAGAGCAGCACGUGGCUGAGCAAAUCGCCAAGAUGAUGGAGCUGGCCAGAGAGAAACAUGCGGCAGAGCUGAAGACCCUCAAGGAGACCUCAGAGAUUGACAUCAAAGAGAUGAAGAAAAAGCUGGAGGCCAGGAGGCUGGAACGGAUCCAGGCCAUGAUCAAGAUCACCACGGACAAGAUGGCCCAGGAGAGGUUGAAGAGAGAGGUUAACAACUCCCACAUCCAGGAGGUGGUGCAGGUCAUCAAGCAGAUGUCAGAGAACCUGGAGAGGGACCAGGAGAAGCUGGAGGAGAAGCAGGCAGCCUGCCUGGAACAGAUCCGGGAGAUGGAAAAGAAGUUUCAGCAAGAGGCGCUGGCAGAGUACGAGACCAGGAUGAAGGGCCUGGAGGCCAAGAUGAAGGAGUCGGUGAGAGGCUGCCUCAGGGCCUGUUUCCCCUCAGAGGCAGAGGGCAAGCCUGAGAGGCCCUGUGGGGCCUCCGGGGAGCUGUGUGAGCAGGACCCACUUACAGCAGAGGCAGAUACCGAGGAGAGCCGCCUCUGAUGCCCUCAUCCUGCUGGGACAUUCUGCAAGGACGUUCUCCUGUGUCUGGGACGUGGCUCCAUCCCCCCAGGAGGAAAGCCCCAGUACUCUAAGGCUGUGGGAAGCUGGGGUCCCUUGGAUGCUGGUGCCCCUUCCUCAACAGCAGGGCUAAAGGAGGAGGCAGGAAGGAGCUACGACCGGGCAGGGGUCCAUCUGGGGCCUAGAGGUCCUCUCCAAGCUGACUCCCUGCUCCUCAUCCUUCUCCUUCACUUCUGAUUCAGUGUCACAUAUUGCUUGAGGGCAAAUGAAUAUGGACUGGGAGGCUGGAAAUGGGGUUCUGGCCCCGUUCUGCCUUUCCUAGUGUGCAGCUAGUGGUGCCCCACUCUGGACUCAGUUUCCAAACCUGGAGGGUUAGGCCUGGCCACCUGGAACCUCCAUUCUAGCACCUGUAGUUCAAGCAGGACCAAACUCCAAACCCCCUUGCCAUAAAGUGGCGGCUCACCAGGCUUCUAGGCCCCAUCUCAGGCCUGCCAGAGAUGGUCAGCUCCUGGAUACGGAGCCUACCACUACCUGCAGGCUCCAUGGGGACCGUGGCUCCCAGGAUCCCAGCUGAAGCCCCUUCCCUCGCCUCCUGCCUGUGGGGGAUGGGAGGCUGACAUGGAAAAGCUGCCUCAGCUGUCUGGCCCUCAGGCUGAUGAGAUGACUGGGGCUGUGGCUGGUGGUGAGGGGAGAAGCAUGGCCUUUUGGGUACUCUCCCACCCAGAGCCUGGCUCACCCCUUUUCCUAGGCUUGGACGGGGUACUUCCUAGUAUGUACCCCCGCAUCAAGGUCAGCAUCAUUUUCUCUCCUGACUUCACAAGGUUUAUUUAUUUUUCUCCAUCUUACUCCUACUAAAGAAUCCUGUUCCGAUA